AUGGGCGAAGACAGUCGAGAAAUCAUUAUCGAUGGACACCACUCACAAGUAUUGCGGUCUCCUUCGAGUAGAGGACAUUUUGAUAAGCCCGCGCUAUCCCUUGACUCUCCUGAGGAGUCUGAAACCACUCAGUUACCAGAUGAUUAUCAGGCGAAAGCAAGUGAAUUUUUAGAACCUAGAUCAAAAUGUUUUGGUCUCACGAUCAAGGAAUCCUCACAGAUGUCAAACUUCUACUACGAUGGAUUGAAGGUCCCGAUAAUGAUGUAUAGGUGUUUCACAUAUUUGGAUCAUGAGUUAGGGUAUAACAAAGUUGGAAUUUUCCGGUUAUCGUCUGUGAAAUCCGAGAUCAACAAAUUGGAGGAAAUGUUUAACAGUUUAGGCGAUGUGGACCUGUUAAACUUGAAACCGAAACCUAGCAUACAUGCCGUCACGACACUGUUCAAACGAUGGCUUCGUUCUGGAGAGAGGAUUCUGAAUGAGGAGGACUGCACACAACUUGGUUUACUACUUCAACUUUCAAAUGUUCCCAUUAGAAUUCGCGAGUUUGAUUCUGUUCUUAAAUCGCUCCCGUCGGAGAACUACCAAAUGUUAAAAUGUUUAUUUAUCUAUCUUGAUAAGGUUCUUGAAUACCGAGAUCAGAACAAAAACUCGAUUGAGAGUUUGGCGAUGCUAUUUAGUGCGAACAUUUCCUACGACCCAACAGGCAAACAUGUUCCUAUAUUCACUGAACUGCUGGUUAAUAGAAAGAUUUACUUCCUUGAUUGA